GGGGCGGAGCCCGCCCACCCGCCGCUCAGCUUCCAGGCACAGCGCUCGGCUCCUGGCGGAGCUGCGGCGCUGGGCGAGCGGGUUGCGCGGCCGGCCGAGGGCACCGCCGGAGCGACGCGCUCAAUGAAGAAUCCAUCAUUGAAACUAACAAGAUAAUCCUCCCAGUGACUUGGGCCUGUAGUCUCAGCUAUCCAGGAGGAAGGCUGAGUUUGGUACUUAUGUCUUCCCCCGAAAUUGUUUCUCUCGCAUGGGGGCAAAUGAAAGUACAAGGUUCGACUGGAACCUAUAAGGAUUGCAAAGUGUGGCCAGGAGGGAGUCGGACUUGGGACUGGAGAGAAACCGGAACUGAGCAUUCUCCUGGUGUGCAGCCUGCAGAUGUUAAGGAGGUUGUGGAGAAGGGUGUGCAGACCCUUGUGAUUGGCCGCGGGAUGAACGAGGCCUUGAAGGUGCCUCCGUCCACUGUGGAGUACCUCAGGAAACAAGGUGUUGACGACGUGCGAGUCCUCCAGACAGAGCAGGCAGUGAAGGAAUACAACACCUUGGUGACACGUGGGGUCAGGGUGGGUGGCGUCUUCCACUCCACUUGCUGAUGGAGCCAUGAUUGGAGAAUAAACCACUAAGCAUGAUG